AUGGGCGGCGGUAAUCACUUACCAUCAGGUAAGGAAGAUAUACCUGCUAUAGUCAACAUGCUGGACAAAACAAACGAGCACAACAUAGAAAUUGCUAAAUCAAACACUAAAUUAAGUAAACAGACCAGUCCCAAGAAAAAAGAAUCACCAAAGUCUAAAAAAUGUAUUAAAAUGGACAUUGAUGUGUUAGACUCGGAUAUUGACAUUGUUAAAGAAAUACUGUCAAAGGAAACUGAACCAAAAUGUAAAGUAAUGACAUGUUGGCUAAACACAGAAAGGAGGAGCAUGAGAAGCCCGAAAAUGUAUUGUAUAGAUGUAAAGUCUGUAAUGAAACCUCCACAAGUCAUAAAGAAAUGUAUAUGCAUGUUC